AUGAAGAAACUUAAAGCGUGCUGCAGGCACCCACCAAGCAGCAGCGACGGAUCCCUGAAACUAAAAGUUAAUGAAGAAGAAGAGCACGAUCAUAAACCCUACAUCCUUCAGUUACCAGACGAUGUAACAGUGCAGAUCUUCUGCAAACUCCCAAUCAAAACGCUCGUCGAGUGCAACCGUACAUGCAAGUCCUGGCGUUGUUUGCUAUCGGACCCUCAGUUCACAGAAGACCUAUUUUCACGAACGCCGGAUUGCCUUUUGUUCAACAAACUGAAUCACCCCAACUGGAAAGGCCAGUUUCUGGUCGACUUCGACAGGGCUUCAAACCGAAACCAGGUCGUGCUCAAGCGCAUCAGUAAAAUCAUCUACCCAAAUGUCAAAGCUAAGGUACAUGAAUAUUCCCUUGUGGGUUCGUGCAAUGGCUUCCUCUGCUACCGCGAAUCUCUCAGUGUACCCUUCGAUGACAGAGGGUCUUGUGAUGUAAUGGUUUUGAAAGUUGGCUCUGGGAUUUGGAGAAAAACUGGAGAAUCCAUCUACAGUUUCCAUGGAAAUUGUGGGGUUUAUCUCAAUGGAUUUCUUUAUUGGAUUGCUCAAAGUCGUAACAGGGACUGUCCUUUUCUAUAUGCAUAUGGCAUCCCUGUUUCUCUAUGUGCAGGUGCUCCCUUUCUAUAUGCAUUUGAUGUCGAAAGAGAGUGCUUCCAACAGUUACCACUACCGCCUUGCCGUUUGCAUCUGACAGUUGCUCCGCUCAAGCUCGGAGUCCUCAAUGGUUGUCUCUUCCUAAUUCUUAGAUCAACAUCUAAUAUGAUUGAGAUUUGGGUGAUGAAGGAGUCUUGGACUAAAGAGCAUGAGUUCACAUACUCUUCUAAGUUUUGUGUUACUAAUAUAUUGAAAUUCACAAAGGAAGGGAAGAUCUUGUUUACGCAUGAUAAUCAAUUGUGGGCUUACACUCCUAAGAGGGUUGUAAGAGUUGACAAUGAUGAUUUACCUUCAAAUCUUUCAGAAGGAUUUCUCCAUAUUCCCAACUUCGCACCGCUCUGGCCAUCUUUACUAAACAGAAAUCAGGUCAAGCAGGAAAGUGACAAGGAAUCAGAAUGA